UGUUUUUGAUCCUUGAUAUAACCUUGUGGGAGGCUUAGGGAUAUCAGUAACCGUGUCGUGUAUUGUUAUUUCCUUAGUGCCUCUAUUACGGCCUCGGCAGCUGUCCGUAUGUUGUGUUCGUGAUUUCCACUUGACUGUUCGUAAGCACCGCGUCCAGCCCAAGGAAAUAAGUACAGUAGACUCGCCCAGCCGCUGCCAUGGCCGUCAGGUGGAGAACGCUGUCGGUGCUUAUGAUCGGCUGUGCGUCAGUACUGCUCCUGCUGCUCCUGAAUAGCUACAUGUUCGUGAGUUCCCACGCGAUGAACGGCGGCGGCGGCGGUGGGCGUGCUGAGCCUGUGAACCCGGCCCUGCCUCUGCCCAGACGCCGCAAGAUGGCGGCGCGCGCCGAGCCGCCUGACGGCGUCGACUGCGAGGCAGACGAGCUGGACGAACAUGAGGAGCUGCGCUGUCACGGCGUGUGGCUGGCGGAGGCGCGCGCCGACCUGCGCCGCCUGGAGCAGCGGCUGGCCGCCCUCACCAAGCGGGCUGGCGUCAAAAGCUUCCCCAGGGUCAAGUUCAGAAAUUACCGCGACAGAAAACGCAUUCUGGUCACGGGCGGGGCCGGGUUCGUCGGCUCCCACCUGGUCGACCGGCUCAUGCUCGAUGGCUACGAGGUGAUCGUGCUGGACAACCUGUACACGGGGCGCAAGCGCAACAUCGAGCAGUGGCUGGGGCACGAGAACUUCGAGAUGGCCAUGCACGACGUCAUCAACCAGUACUACGCCGAAGUGGACGAGAUCUACCACCUGGCCAGCCCGGCCAGCCCGCCCCACUACAUGGCCAACCCGGUCAAGACCAUCAAGACCAACACCAUCGGCACCAUCAACAUGCUGGGUCUGGCCAAGCGGGUGGGAGCGCGUCUCUUGAUCGCCAGCACCUCGGAGGUGUACGGCGACCCGGAGGUACACCCCCAGCCGGAGACGUACUGGGGUCACGUCAACCCCAUCGGGCCGCGUGCCUGCUACGACGAGGCCAAGCGCGUGGCCGAGACGUUGGCGUUCGCCUACCACAAGCAGUCUAACGUGAGCGUGCGCGUGGCGCGCAUCUUUAACACGUAUGGGCCGCGCAUGCACAACAACGACGGCCGCGUGGUCAGCAACUUCAUCCUGCAGGCGCUGCAGAACCAGACGCUGACGAUCUACGGCUCGGGAGAGCAGACGCGCUCCUUCCAGUACGUCUCCGACCUGGUGGAGGGUCUCGUGGCGCUGAUGGAGUCCAACCAUACGGGCCCCGUCAACCUGGGCAACCCGGUGGAGCACACCAUCGAAGAGUUCGCGCACAUUAUCCAGAAGACGGUGGGCGGCACCAGCCAGGUGGAAUACCUGGACGCCGUCGAGGACGACCCGCAGAAGCGCAAGCCGGACAUCCGGCGCGCCGAGCAGCUGCUCGGCUGGCAGCCCAAGGUACCGCUCAGCGAAGGCAUCCCUAAGACGGUGGAGUACUUCAGGCACGAGCUGCAGCGCAAGGGUCACAACGAGAGGAACCUCUUCGAUCCGCUGGUCGACUGGUCGCACAUCCCCAACAAGCUGGAGGGCUAGCGGAAGCCGAUCGUGGCGAGUCUGUGGCGCGCUCGCCAGAUGGCAGGUGCUGCGCUCCGCGGGCAGUGCGGGUCGAUGUCACACUCUUCUAUAGCAACAGCAAAGACGAAUUAGCGGCUGUUUUAGGUUUAAGGUUAGUGCUGUCCCAGCACUGCUCCAAGGUUUGUGCUUUCUUUAUUAUAGCUCGUUUUCAGUGUAUUAGUUCCGGUGUGGCGCCGGAGGAAUCGUCACCACUGGUCGAUAUGUUCUAAGGCUUUCGGUUUUGGUGAUGAUAGGCAUUUACGUAUGGAAAUGCGGCUGUCUCUUUUUUGAGACCCCUUCUUAACGGACUGGUGUGCGUACUCCCAAGUUUGGAGCGCGCGUCCGUGGACGUGUGGGACGCGAGCAGGAGCCCGGGCGGCGGCGGUCGUUCGUGCCGCGCACUCGGCCCGCUACCGCCUGGCCUCCCGCCGCCGGUGGACUAGUGCCGGGCGCGGUUCGCCUGUCCCCGAACGCCGUCCUUCCGUGUCCCGAGCGGCGGCGGCGGCGGCGGCGCGUGCUCCGCAGUCCGAGCCGGCUGGCGGGCCUCUCCCGCCUCAUCAUCCGCUGUGUGGGGGCGGCGGCUGUCGGUCGCCGUGCUCCGAGAGCGGCCUGUCGGCUGGUGUGCGGCCAGCUGGCCGAGCGGCUCUUCACGGCUUCACUGGGCGAAUGAGAGGACUCUGGUACGGCGCGCGGUACGACAGGAGGGAGGAUAGUGCGAUACCUGAGGGGACAUAGCUGUGACUGAGGGCAGGUCUUAUUGCGCGCUUGGAUACCGGAAAAUGGGGCAUAUAUGUCUCCAGUCGCGGGAAGGGGUACGUGUGUACCUCCGAAGAAAGAGGAUGCGCGAAUGUGUACCUCUGGACGCGGAGGAUCAGUUUCGGUGCACCUUUAAGUGCAGGAGAACUGCUGUGUGUACAAGAGAGCUUUAAGACUUCCGCUCUAAAUAGCGUCUCAUUGCACCUGGCGAUUUUAUUGCCGUGGUCUAACGGGUGAAGUGUGUGAUGUGUGUGACUGCCAGAAGAUAAUGCACACAGUAAUCAGGGCAUGAACAAGUAGCCUUUAUUUCCUCGCGGUCUAGUGGUCAGUUUUGGAACUUGGUAAUGCAUUCUUUCAGUGUGGGUACGAAGACUGACGCACACCGCAACGUGAGGAAACGUUUUAUCCAUGAUGGAUCAGUGUCUUCCGCGGGUAGCUUUGAUGGGUAUCAUCCCGCAUAUAUCAUGUAAAUCUUGCCCGUUUUCGUCCAAGGUGACUCAGUUUUAACGCACGGUGAUAGGAUUGAUCUUCAUUUAUUGCCUGCUCAUUUUGCAUUACCAUACUCGGUUGCGUCAUGAAGCUCCAAAGUCGUUCGUGAGGCGUCGUACAAAUUCUAUACAAAACAAUGGGACGGCGCGGGAAGGGAGGCACUAUCGUAUGGGUCCGGUGAGCCAUUGUAGCCUCUCUUCACCGGUGAACUUGAACAACUACACUCCGUGAACACACGGAGUCGGUCAGCAAAUACAUCUGGCUAGUUCUACGCGAUGUCUGCGGCGGCCGUGUGGAGUUGGGCCGGGUUCCGGUAGAUGUCUCUCGCGGCGGUCGGGCGGCACGUCUCGUGUUCUGAAGGGUCUCCCACCAGCGCCGGGCGGCGGCAGCACGGCGGCUGUGGCAGAGCGCUAGCCGUCAGCUGUCAUUUUGGGAGAAAAUCUCACUUCGUCACUUUACUGUCGCCGCUUUGCAGAUGGCGGAACUGUACACUGCAGGGAGCAAAGCGGCCAACGGUUAUCACGUGCCGCUCCCGACCGUAAAUUUGAUUUCGUACGUCGUAAGGAGCUGGGUUGUUGGCGUGCAAUGAUCAAACCGUGCCGUUUUUAUGAUGUGGCUCGUGAAGACUCGGGCGUUUUUGCAUGUUGAUGAAUGAUGCACCGCGCCAACCUUCGUGACUGCGGAAGGCCAUCGUAAUACAAGAGAUAAGCUCCGUCA